AUGGCCGCUCAUAUUGAUACCACCACUCGUUAUCACCUUGCCCCUCGCGAUUCCGAUGAUAUGGAUCGUGAAUCAUCUCCCCACGAGCACCUCUUGUCGCCAUCGCCUGCCAACAUGGGCACCCGAGCACCACCCUUCCGGAAUUGCAAGAUUAGCAUCGAGCCUGUGUACUUGCCCCGUGUUGCAUCUACAGCACUCGGUAUUACAAUAUUCGUCUUCUUUGUGAUUGAUGGGCAAUCAGAUUAUAUUGGCGCUGAUAUCUUCGUAAUGCUUAUUGUACUCCUAAACAUCGUCGUUCUCCUUGGCCGCAUAUUACGACUUCGUUGCAUCAAGUCGUGCAUUCCCUUCGACCUAAAGUUCAAAGGCAAAAAAGAUUCUAAAGUCUUGCCGUGUCUCGACAUCGGUCUCUCCAUCGCUUUACUCGUUUCCAUGCACUUGGGCCGCGCGACGAGAGACCACCCCUAUGACCAUCUCAAGUCUACGGUGGGUGUCUAUAUUGGUUACGGCAUGAUCGCUCUUCAAGUUCUUGCCGCCCUACCACAAUUGGCCAGAUGGCAUGUGGUGUUGAUAGUGGAGGGAAUUAGCACAGAUCCCGAGCUCGGUCUCUCUAGGACCGUGUUGUACCAAGCCACUCCUGGGGACUCUAUGAGGAAGCCUACAGAUACUGAGCAGUUGAGACAAUCUGAAGACCAGUCAAGGCAAUCUACAUCUAGUGUGGACAUGGUCUAA